AUGGGUCGUGAGCAGGACUUGAUCCUUGCCGUCAAGAAUGGGGAUGUGACCGGUGUGCAGAAGCUGGUGGCUAAGGUCAAGGCCGCAAAGACCAAGCUCCUCGGCUCCACCAAGAAACUGAACGUGAACUACCAAGAUGCUGAUGGAUUCUCUGCGCUUCACCACGCUGCCUUGGGGGGCAGCCUGGAGCUCAUUGCUCUGCUGCUGGAGGCUCAGGCCACCGUUGACAUCAAGGACAGCAACGGCAUGCGCCCGCUGCACUAUGCAGCCUGGCAAGGCCGGCUGGAGCCUGUGAGGCUGCUGCUGCGGGCCUCUGCGGCUGUCAACGCUGCCUCACUGGAUGGGCAGAUCCCGCUGCAUUUGGCUGCGCAGUACGGACACUAUGAAGUGUCAGAGAUGCUCCUGCAGCACCAGUCAAACCCCUGUCUGGUCAGCAAGGCCAAGAAGACGCCCCUGGACCUGGCCUGUGAGUUUGGGCGGCUUAAGGUGACACAGCUGCUCCUAAACAGCCACCUGUGUGUAGCACUGCUAGAGGGUGAGGCCAAGGACCCGUGUGACCCCAACUACACCACGCCCCUGCACUUGGCUGCCAAGAACGGCCACAGAGAGGUCAUUAGGCAGCUCCUGAGGGCUGGGAUUGAGAUAAAUCGCCAGACCAAGACCGGCACAGCCCUCCACGAGGCGGCUCUGUACGGCAAGACUGAGGUGGUGCGGCUGCUCCUGGAGGGCGGGGUAGAUGUGAAUAUCCGGAACACGUACAACCAGACAGCACUGGACAUCGUGAACCAGUUCACCACCUCCCAAGCCAGCCGGGAAAUCAAGCAGCUCCUUCGGGAGGCCUCUGGGAUCCUGAAGGUACGGGCACUGAAGGAUUUUUGGAACCUGCACGACCCCACUGCCCUCAAUGUCCGGGCCGGGGAUGUCAUCACGGUACUGGAGCAGCAUCCCGACGGCCGUUGGAAGGGCCACAUCCAUGAGAGCCACAGGGGCACCGACCGCGUGGGCUACUUCCCUCCAGGCAUCGUCGAGGUGGUCAGCAAGCGGGUGGGCAUCCCCACCCUCCGCCUCCCCUCUGCGCCUGCCCCCCUGCGCCCCGGCUUCUCCAGGACACUGCAGACCCCAGCUGAUGACCUGCUCUCCUGUGGCCAACUCCCUCGAGUGGGUCUCAGCCCAGAUAGCCCCGCAGGUGACAGGAACAGCGUGGGCAGCGAGGGCAGUGUGGGCAGCAUCCGCAGUGCCGGCAGCGGGCAGAGCUCCGAGGGCACCAACGGCCACAGCACCGGCCUCCUUAUUGAGAAUGCCCAGCCACUGCCCUCUGCUGCGGAGGAGCAGGCACUACCAGGGCUGCACCCCCUGCCCCUGGCAGACAACCUGAGCCACCACCCCCUGGCCAACUACCACUCUGGGGAGCAGAUCUUCACGCAGGAUGUGAGACCAGAACAGCUGCUGGAGGGGAAGGAUGCCCAGGCCAUUUACAAUUGGCUGAGUGAGUUCCAGCUGGAGAGCUACACGACCCACUUCCUGCAGGCUGGCUACGAUGUGCCCACCAUCAGCCGCAUGACGCCCGAGGACCUGACGGCCAUCGGGGUGACCAAGCCUGGGCACAGGAAGAAGAUCACCUCCGAGAUCGCCCAGCUCAACAUCGCCGAGUGGCUGCCCAACUACAUCCCGGGGGACCUGCUGGAGUGGCUGUGUGCGCUGGGGCUGCCGCAGUACCACAAGCAACUGGUAAACAGCGGCUACGACUCCAUGGGGCUGGUGGCUGACCUCACCUGGGAGGAGCUGCAGGAGGUUGGCGUCAACAAGCUUGGGCAUCAGAAGAAGCUCAUGCUGGGGGUGAAACGGCUGGUGGAGCUCCGCCGGGGCCUGCUGCAGGGAGAGAUGCCGGGUGAAGGAGGGCGUCGGCUGGCUGGGGGCCCGGAGCUGAUGGCCAUUGAGGGGCUGGAGAAUGGGGACGGCCCCGUCGCCGCUGGCCCACGCCUCCUCACCUUCCAGGGCAGCGAGCUGAGCUCAGAGCUACAAGCAGCCAUGGCGGGGGGUGGCCUUGAGCCACUGCCCCUGCCGCCCGCCCGCUCCCCCAGCCAGGAGAGCAUCGGGGUACGCUCACGAGGGUCCGGUCACUCACAGGAGCACCCGGCUCCCCAGCCCACUGGUGGAGACCCCAGCACCCCACAGGAGAGGAACCUUCCAGAAGGCAUAGAGCGGCCCACUAAGCUCUGCUCCCCACUUUCUGGCCAAGGGCCCCCUCCUUAUGUCUUUAUGUACCCCCAGGGCUCACCCUCCAGCCCAGCUCCAGGGCCACCUCCUAGUGCACCCCAGGCCUUCUCCUACCUGGCUGGCCCCCCUGCCACCCCCCCAGACCCGCCUCGGCCCAAGCGGCGGUCCCACAGCCUGAGCCGGCCGGGCCCGGCCCAGGAGGAGACCGAGGGGGAGGCUGAAGGGCCAGUGGGCAGUGCCUUGGGCAGCUAUGCCACCCUCACUCGGCGACCGGGACGCAGCACCCUCACCCGGACCAGUCCCAGCCCCACCCCCACCCGAGGGGCUCCCCGCAGUCAGUCCUUUGCACUCCGGGCCCGCCGCAAAGGACCCCCACCCCCACCUCCCAAGCGUCUCAGCUCUGUCUCUGGCCCUUCCCCUGAGCCACUCCCACUGGACGGGAACCUCGGGCCCACAGAAGGGGCCGCUGGGCCCCGAAGGCGAACACUGAGCGAACCAGCUGGCCCCGCGGAGCCCCCUGACCCACCGGCCCCAGCAGGCCCUGCCUCAGACACGGAGGAGGAGGAGCCAGGGCCUGAGGGGACACCCCCAUCUCGGGGCAGCUCGGGGGAAGGGCUGCCAUUUGCCGAAGAGGGAAAUCUGACCAUCAAACAGCGUCCAAAGCCAGCUGGGCCCCCCACCCGAGAGACACCCGUGCCCCCUGGCCUUGAUUUCAACCUCACAGAGUCAGACACUGUUAAGCGGAGGCCCAAAUGCCGAGAGAGAGAGCCGCUGCAGACGGCCCUGCUGGCCUUCGGGGUGGCCAGUGCCAUGCCCGGCUCCCCAGCUCCCCCGACUUCCCAGACCCCCAGCGAGGCCCCCUCCUCAGCCUCUCCCCCUCCCAGCCCAGACCCCAGCAGCCUCCCAGCCCCCGGAGCUGCAGUCCCUCCAUUUCCCAGCCCUGUGACUAUGUCCGUGCCUGUACUCCCCUGCCCCAGGCCAGGCCUGGAACACUUAACAGGCAGCAACAACGGGGAGACAGAGCCCCCAGCAGCCCCUACGGCCCUCAUCAAGGUGCCUGGAGCAGGUACAGCCCCCAAGCCUGUGUCUGUGGCCUGCACCCAGCUGGCGUUCUCUGGCCCGAAGCUGGCUCCCCGGCUCGGCCCCCGCCCAAUGCCCCCACCAAGGCCCGAGAGUACGGUGGCUGCGGGCACAGGCCGGGCCCAGCGGAGACUGGAACAGACCAGCUCGUCCUUGGCUGCGGCACUGAGGGUGGCGGAGAAGACCAUCGGCACUGAGGAGCAGGCCGGCCCCCCUGGGCUCUCCACCAAACACAUUCUGGAUGACAUCAGCACCAUGUUCGACGCCCUGGCCGACCAGCUAGACGCCAUGCUGGACUGAGC